CUGUGCCGCGCAUGCGCCGUGGCUGCAGUCCGCGAUGCGCAUGCGCUGUGCCGGCCUGGCCCUGGCGCUGCUGUCUGCUGCCGCCGCCUGCUGGCUGCUGGCAUCGCGCGUUCGCAACUCCGCGGCGCCGCCUCCGCCAACGACGCCGUCCCCGCCGCCUCCGCCGGUGCGCACCAUUGUGGCGUACUCGCAGCGCCGUCUCCACGAGGUGGCCCGCAGGCCGGCCCUCACCUGCGAUUCCGACUUGGGGGCGCCACCCCCAGUGGACCACGUGGGCGACGAAUACAGUGCGGAAGGGUGGGAGGAGCUCCUGGCGCCGGGAUUCAGCGACGCCGGGUGGCCCCCGGAGGCGUUCGGCGUCUCUGCACGAUCGACAGACUGCGAACCACCCACUGACCGCUACGGACGCUCCACAAUUACAGAGGAGCGCGUACCAGACGUCCAUUUCAGAGGGCAAACGGCAGCUGCAGCCAUCGGCGACGAUGACGGAGGACAGUUCGAACAGACAGUGGAUAAGAGAGAAGUGCUACGAGACAGUGUGUACGAUUACAAACGCUUUGCAAUCGAAGAUGGGGAUAAUCAGUCCACAGUGGAUUCUGACUUCCAGAUACACCAGGGACUGUCUCGGAGAGACAGCUUAGUCGACAAUGAUGGCAUCUCCGUCAGCGAUGGCCCUGCGCCAUCUGAGUGGCCGCUGACCCGUCAGUGGGCGGCGGUGCCAGGCAGCGGGGCGUGGCUGCUGUCGGCGCACGGCGACCGCCGGCUGCGCGACUUCCAGUACGUGCGGCUGCUGGGGGUCGGCUUCCCUGCCCAGCGGCGCCACUUCUGCCGGCUACGGCUAUCUGGGGGCUCCGCCACGGUGCUGCUGGAGGCGCAGCCCACCGUGCUCUGGCCGCCGCAGUGGGGCGGGGGUGACCCCGGCUCCCAGCCCUACCUGCUCUCCUGCUCGCUGCCCACAAACGUCACCGUAGACCAAGUGGAGACGGUGUCGGUGUCUGCGGACGCGCCCUGCGGCCCCGCUAGCCGAGAUCUGCCGCUGGAGCCCCGCCUCGCCCCGGAAGAACACCCCGGCGCCAGCAGGAGGGACUUCGCCGUCUGUCUGAAGGCACUCCACUUCCCAGACAGGGAGGUGUCGGGCCGGCUGGCGUGGUGGGUGGAGGCCCUGCGGCUGCUGGGGGCGCAGCACGUGCUGGCCCACGUGUCGGAGGUGGGCGUGGCCGCGCGCCGCGUGUUACGUCACUACGAGGCGCGGGGCCUGCUGUCGGCGCUGCGGCUCACUCUGCCCGGCGACGCCGGGGGCGCCACCUCCGCCACGGCGACGCUGCUGCCCAAGCGGCGCAUGGAAGUGCUCGCCUACAACCACUGCCUCUACUCCAGUCUCGAGCGCUUCCGCUUUAUUGCACCACUCGAUAUAGAUGAGGUGUUGGUGCCCAGGCGCAGCCGCUCGUGGCGCGGGAUGCUGGCCCAGCUGGUGUCCGAACAGAGGGACGCGCUGGUGCGCCACGCGUCGCUGUCGGCGCGCAACGUCUACCUGGUGGGGGGCGGCGCCUUCUGGUCCGCGGGGGCGGCGGCCGCCAAGAGCCUGGUGCGCACCGCCGCCGCGCUGGCCGUGGCGCACCACGCCGCCUCCCGGCCCGCCUCCAGACUGCUGCUGCCCCCGCAGCGCGCCGCGCUCGCGCACUUCCGCGCCGCCUGCCCCCUCCACGAGGCUCCAGAGUGUCGCUCUCCAGCUGCGGGGCUCCAGCAGCCGCCGGCGCCCAGCCUCGCCCGCUGGCAGCCUAGACUCCGUCGCGCCGUCAGACGAACGCUGCGGCGUGCUCUCUCCCGAGACCCGUCCUAAUUCCGAUCGUAGUCGGUGAGGUGUAGCGACUGAGCCACAGCCAGUCUGCACCAACACUGAACGACAUCCGGCUUUGGCCAUUGGCAGCACAGGCUCCAGUCCACUGCUAGAACAACACUGUGUAAUCAAAAUUCCCGGGAGCUGUUCAAAUCCUGUGAUUUCCAGGUCUUGGAAUACCGAGGCUGUCUACCAUCAUCAGCUCCAUAUGAUAUCUACAUCUACAUCCAUACUCCGCAAGGUGGCGGAGGGUACCCUGAGUACCUCUACCGGUUCUCCCUUCUAUUCCAGUCUCGUAUUGCUCGUGGAAAGGAUUGUCGGUAUACUUCUGUGUGGGAUCUAAUAUCUCUGAUUUUAUCCUCACGGUCUCUUCGCGAGAUAUACGUAGGAGGGAGCAAUAGACUGCUUGACUCUUCGGUGAAGGUAUGUUCUCGAAACUUUAACAAAAGCUCGUACCGAGCUACUGAGCGUCUCUCCUGCAGAGUCUUCCACUGGAGUUUAUCUGUCAUCUCCGUAACGCUUUCGCGAUUACUAAAUGAUCCUGUAACGAAGCGAGCUGCUCUCCGUUGGAUCUUCUCUAUCUCUUCUAUCAACCCUAUCUGGUACGGAUCGCACACUGCUGAGCAGUAUUCAAGCAGUGGGCGAACAAGCGUACUGUAACCUACCUGCAUUUACUCACGAACAAUACUGGACAGAAAAGGGGUCCCACUGAUCAUGAAUCCAAAAGUUACACUAAUGAACGAAAAGGAAAUAAUUAACAGUCGCCAGCCCACUAGGGUAAUUUACAUACGAAUUACUGUACAAGAAGCUGGGAAAGAAAAAGAUGUAUUAUUAAACAAUGACGUGGCAACUGAAGGUAGUCACGUUUAUUAACACUAAUUUUAAGUGAGUAUGUAAUGAUAAAGAAAACUGAGAAGUCACUCUUACGUAAUGUUUGUCACUAAUUUUGAAAAUAAAAUAAAAUUGAGUAAUGAUUUGAAAACAUGCAAUUAAACUGAUUGUUAGUAUUGAACUUCGUUAGGCCUCCAUGAAAAAUGACUUUCAGUGGCUUCAACGUAACGUCAUCAAAGGCAUUUAGAAAAAAAGCGCUUUUACUUUGCAAUUACUUAUUUUGCAAAUUGGAUUUCAAAUUCUGUCUGAACAACUGAGCCUUUUUUUACAGACUUGAACAGAAAUAAAUAAUAGAAUAUGUACCAAGUCAGACAGCCAUGUGCUCCAAGCUAUAUGUAAAAUAAAUAAAACUCCCACUCUCUUAAUUUGUGCAUUUCUUUAUAUUUGGAUUUUUUCCAGUGAUUGAUUCUCAAACUUGAAAAAUGGAAUUGCUUUACUUUACUCUUAAUACUGAAGCAUUUGUUAUACAACUGUUAAUUGGAAGUAGACUGAAGCUAAAAAUCUUAAAAGUGAAAUUAUUCCUUAAUAAACUGGCUUUAACUAUUCAGUUUGUUUCUUAUGAUACUCGGUUAGCAUAUAAGGAAAAAAAAGGAAGAAGGACCCUGCUUGGUAACAAUGUCUGAGGUCAAGGAGGACACAAUCGCCCUGGGUUUAACUGAUUAUUAUUUAAAUAAAUUUUAUCAAACAAAUCACAUUUAGUUUGUUAGCCGUUAACACUUUCUACCAAUGAACAGUCUUACUUCAGUGCUGUGCAUACGACGAAACUUGGAGCCGGCGACGAAUCUGUGUUGCUGGAACUGCUGGUGUUAUUGACUUAGCAUAUUGUGAAGCCACGGAUAAUUACGGGAACGGGCCCUCAUAAUUAAUACAGCCCCUUCCGCCAGUCCACUGUCCUUACUCCUGGUACUAGACAUCCGGCCGGCAUGCGUACAUGAUGCCGCCGAAAUGGUACACUCUACUGCGAGAGCAUUAACACCACACUUCCGCACACUACAAGUGCUGGAACCCGUCUGCCUCUCUCCGCGCGCUCCGCCCAACAACUCCCAACCCAAAGAUUUUACAACGCUCAGGCACCGCUACUAUCGUUGCUAGUCGAUGCAAAUAACAAUUAUUUUGGCUUUUCCCCAGAGCUUGUACGUUUCACAGUAAGACAGAUAAAUACAAUGAAAUGUCAACAGACUUAUACCUAAAUUUAGACAUACAGUGAAGCAAUGUCCUUACUUAUUAAAAGAAAGCAUUUAAAUUACAAAUAUUUACAUAAAAUUCAGCGCAAAAUGUAUAUAUCGGUAGCAGGAUCCAUGCAUCCUGCAUUUUCGAUAUUUCAAAGUGACGAAUGCAAGUCACAGGAAUGUAUCAUCUGUUAAAUGCGCCUACGGCAUGUUAAUGGUUUUUAACUGUGCCCAUUGUCAGUCAUAUUGUGUAUCCUUGAUAUGUAUUCAUAUCCAGUAAUACGACAAGGGAUUUAUAAAACCAGAAACUUGUUUUUUCGUCGAUGACAUGUCACAGAGAGGUCAGACAUAUCUUAACAUUUCAAGAUGCACUUGAGAACGGCUGUAAAGCCGAAAUCAUGAUUGUGUAAAAUAAUUGAAUGAUUAGCAGUCAAAUGGUGGAAAUUUCUUUCACAAAUUGUGUAACACUGUGGUCCCCCACAAUGAAAGAUCGUUACUGGGCUUUUUUUUUGUGGUACACCUGAUAUGUUAGAAGCUCUCUGAGUUGCAAAAGAAGAAAAGAAACCACUUUCAGUCAAGUGAACAUCUGGUUUGCAUUUCAGUAAAUGAAGUGAUAAUAUUACACCAUUCUUAACUGUACACAUACUAAUUUAACAAUGUUCCUUAAUGAAACUAUUUCCAUGACGAUAAUCUUCUCAUGCAUUGGCUGUCGUCGAUUUCAUCGAAGUGUCCUUUUACUCCUGAUUCACCAUUACUUUGCGACUUAGAUUGCGUAGCCACUUUCAAAUGAUUUUACAAUACAACCUAUCAGAUGAACAUUCUUGGAUUAGAGUCUAAGCGUUCGUCAACUCACAUAACAAUAAAAAAACUGUAGAGGAAUGGAAGAGAUUUAACCAGUGAAAACAUGAGAUCAAGUGUUUCGUGAACAGAUCAUAGCAAGUAUGACAAACUGUUAUUACUCAGCAAAUUUCUUUUAACUGUGAGGUCUAUUGCAAAUGAAAAACUAUUUUGAGUUCUGUCUUAAUUGUAUUUAAUGACAGUAUGUGUUUUUUAAGAAUUAUUUUAACUGCUUUAGGUGCACUUUGUAAAUUCUGUACACUGGAAUUCUCUGUUUUUGCUAAGAAAAUGACUCUGUAUAAUUAAGAUCCACUGCAAACUAUUUCUAUUUUUAUAAAUAAAUGAAAAAUUGUCAUAAGAAAA